AUGGUCCAUCCAUAUAGCUUUAUUUCAAACAUUACUUUUAACUUUAGAAAUUGCAUCAUUUCACAGAUACCUUUUACAAAAACCAGAUACAGCAUACCAAAUCCUGACAUUCCUGUGCAGCUGCUUCCUUUGCUGUCAGUGGGUGCUGGGGAUUGUGGAGCAAGGGUGAAGUUGGCAGGAGCUGCCAAAUCUACGACAGCCUGUUCUCUAGUAACAACCACCCAUAGGUGAGCUGUUUAGACAGCUAAUACUGGGGAAUGUUUAAAUACAAACUAAAUCAGAAUGAUGUGAAGCAGAGAAGGGCACACCAGCAACAUGGCAGAGUCCUGACGAGGGAGCUUCCACUGGGCUUCUUCCAUGACCCUUUGUGGGUAUUUCUGGGUAGCUUGCACAGUGUGUGGUUGGACCAUCUCCUUUGGAUCACAAGCUCGGAGGAGGGUGGGCUUGAGCUGAGUGGGAGGAGAUUCCCAUCCUCCUGCCAGCAGCCUGGCUGAGGAGGUGAGAAGACCUGCUCUCCUGAAUGUACCUGGUCUUCAAAGGGAAUGGCAGCUCUGGUAACACAUGCAAGGGUAUUCUGCUAGAAAUGAAGAAUUAGGUCAAGGAAGGUAAAUAGACAAAAGUAAACAUUUUUGCUGGAAUAUGGGUUAUAGUACGUGGGAACAGGAUCUGAAAGAUGUGGAACAGUAAGAGAUGGAGUUUAGAGUGCCAGAAGGCAGAAUGCCCUUAUGCACUGACCAACAGCAAUGAAAAGGAGGGGUACUUGGGAGCUGCUGGAGCAGCCCAGCAAGAAGGGGGACAUAUGCCACCAACCCCUCUUUUCUUAUCCCAAAUCCAUACUAGAACACUGCCCUGUCCCACUGUCUUUGAUUUUCUUGGGCCUUUAUGUGAGACUGGGAUCUCCUGACUGCUUCUGAAUGGAACACAUAUUUCUUUCUUCUAUCUGAAUAGCCAGAGGUCACUGCCACAUUAUUAGCUCCAGCAGGUUCACUGGAAAGCUUCCUCUGAGACAAGCAAACUGCCAAAAGAGCUCAAAUUGAACAGUUCCGUGGAAGAAAUAGGCCCUGGCAGCGGUUUGCAGAGGAGCACUGUGGGCUGGCCAUUCCAUCUGUCCUGCUGGAUACAACUCCUGUGAUGAAGAGAAAGCAGCCUGAGCUGUUCACUGGGGGAGUCACAAACAUCUUCUGGAAGUGUUAUUUUCACCAAUGAGUGACCAGCUUAUAUAAUACAAGCUUUUCAGAUAAUGGUCUUCUAAUUAAUGAUUAAAUAAAGUCUCUUAUGUACAAAACUUGCUCUGGCUGGAGUUAGUGACACCACCGAAGCACAUCUGUCCCCAGCAGCAGGGCAGCAUCCUACAUAUGCGCUUGGGAAGUGGCACAUCUUUCUGUGCUGUGUAGGAUUUGUGGCUCUUGGUCUCCUGGUACUGAUUUUCUAUUUCCUACUAUGUUUUGGGAGGAAGGCAGAGGGAACACACGUGCUGCCAUCUCAUCAGUGCUUGUGUUCAGUGCCUGUUGCUUUGGAUACUGAAUUCCCUGGGCUAGGACAUCCAUUCCUGUCCUCUGUCCCAUAUAAUCACUUCUUUGUAACUACUCUUAGUUACUCUAAGUAUUUACAAACCCUAGAAAGCAGUUUCACAUCAAACUUUUAUUCCCUUGGCCAAGAGGAAAUACCAACCAAGGGAAAACUUCAGUAUUUCUCUGUGUCUCUGAGGGGAAAAAAGGUCUUUGGAAAAAUACUGUAGGUACAUUAAGCCAGCUUGUUAUUCACAGGUCAUCUCUUACCCCCCAUUCUAUGCUUUUCUAUCCUAUAUAAGUGUCAUGCUGUGAAAUAGGCUGAAAACUUCCUGCCAGACCUUUUAACCAGCUCAGAUUUGACCUGUCCUGGAAGAUAGCAGAGCUGGCACAUAUGCAGCUGGUGUAUAAACAGCACAGAAUUUGCAUGAGCUGGGCCGCUGGUAAAGAAGGAUUCCGACAGCUGAAGAGAUUGAUUUUUGCCCUUCCCACAGAUGAACUUGCCUUGGAGUAGCGCCUGGGGGAGUGCAACUGCAUGGAAAAGCAGUAUGUCAGAGCAGAAAUAAUGUCAUGCAGCCCAAUGACUACAGAAGAUCGUGGCUCGGAGCUCACCCGGGAGUAUAAAGCCGGCUGAAGGAGCAAAAGUAGCGGUGAGCUGAGCAGGAGAAGCAGGCUGCGGGAGACAGAAGCAUCCACCUGCUCCAGCUGCUCGUGGUCCGUGUUUGCAGCCUCCGAGCACUCGGGCUGAGCGAGGGGAGAGCGGCUCUGCCCUCUCGCAAAUGAGCUGUUUCCGAAGCUGUUUCUGAAUUGGAGGAGCAGAGCGGCGUUUCAGAGAUGUUGUCCUGCUUCCUCUGGCUCAUCCUUCCCAAUGUGGUUAACGCCUUUGUGAUCCCAGGGAAGUUGCCCCUCAAUGGGAGCCUGGAGAAGACUUUUGUAAUCUGGAACAUCUCGAGUUUCUUUUCCUGGGAUAAUGACAGCCUGGCCAACUGGCAGAGCUUUGUGGACAGGAGCCGGUACGGAGCAGAGUCACAGAGUAUCAUAGUGAAAGCCCUGCUCAUUGUGGCGUACUUGUUCAUCAUUGUCUUCUCCCUCUUUGGAAACAUCCUGGUCUGUCACGUUGUCACCAAGACAAAGCAUAUGCACUCUGCCACCAGCUUGUUCAUUGUCAACCUGGCUGUAGCCGAUAUCAUGAUCACCCUCCUCUACACACCUUUAACAUUGGCUCGUUUUGUGAACAGUACUUGGAUAUUCGGGAAGGGGAUGUGCCAUGUCAGUAGGUUUGUGCAAUACUGCUCCCUCCAUGUCUCUGCCUUGACCCUCACAGCCAUUGCUGUGGACAGGCACCAGGUUAUAAUGCACCCACUGAAACCUUGCAUAUCUACUGGAAAAGCUGUUAUCUACAUCUCUGUAAUCUGGAUCAUGGCAGCUUGUUCUUCCGUACCACAUGGUAUCUGCCAAAAGCUCUUUACCUUUGAAUACAGUGAGGAGGUUACCCAGUGCCUGCGUCUGCCAGGUUUCCCUGAGCCUGCUGACCUCUUUUGAAAGUACCUUGACUUAACAACCUUCAUUUUUCUCUAUGUCCUGCCCCUUCUGAUCAUCUCUGCUGCCUACAUGACAGUGGCAAAGAAACUCUGGCUGCGCAAUGUCAUCGGGGAUGUCACCACUGAACAAUAUUUCGUCCUCUGCAAAAAGAAUAAGAAGACCAUCAAGAUGCUGAUGCUUGUUGUCAUCGUCUUUGCAGUUUGCUGGUUUCCCUUGAAUUGCUACGUCGUCCUCCUCUCCAGCCAGACCAUCCACACCAACAAUGCCCUGUACUUUGUCUUCCACUGGUUUGCAAUGAGCAGCACCUGCUAUAACCCCUUCAUCUACUGCUGGCUCAAUGACAUGUUCCAAUCAGAACUGAAGGCUUUGCUUAGCAUGUGCAGAAAACCUCCCAGGCCCACAGAACAGAGGCUUCCCUCCACAGUCCCAUCCUACCGACUGGCUUGGCCAGCAAAUGGCAACUUCAAGAGGUUGCAGGUCUCCCAUAUCCUUCCAUUAUCCUCCAACAUCCAAUCAGGAAAGACAGACAUCUCUGCAGUGGAGCCAAUAGUAACUGAGAGUUAA